CUCUCGGGGAGAACGGCCGUUCGAGUGCCUCUGCUUCCCCGAGUGAGCCACCGAGGAGCUCCCGCCGCUGCUGCAGGGUGAGGGCGAGCCGAGCCCCCUCUGCUUGCUGCCCGAGAAUACAGACAUUGAAGCUUGGGACAAGAUAUUUAUCUCAUUUCUGUGGCUAAAUUAAAGACCUGCCAUGACGUCGAAGAAAGAGACUGAAUUUGUCAUUUUCACCUAAAGAAAAAUGAUAGACAAAAAUCAAACCUGUGGGACAGGACAGGAUUCCAUGCCCUCCAUGACUUGUCUGAUCCACGUACUUGAAGAAUGGUUUGGUGUGGAGCAACUGGAGGACUACUGGAAUUUUGCAAACUAUCUCUUGUGGGUUUUUACACCACUCAUACUUUUAAUACUUCCUUACUUUACUAUCUUUCUUCUCUACCUUACUAUUAUUUUCUUACACAUUUAUAAGAGGAAGAAUGUAUUAAAAGAAGCUUACUCUCAUAAUUUAUGGGACGGUGCCAGGAAGACGGUGGCAACGCUGUGGGAUGGACACGCGGCCGUCUGGCACGGUUAUGAAGUUCAUGGGAUGGAAAAAAUACCAGAAGAAGGGCCAGCACUGAUCAUUUUUUAUCAUGGAGCUAUUCCCAUCGAUUUUUACUACUUCAUGGCUAAAAUUUUUAUCCAUAAAGGCAGAACUUGCCGGGUAGUAGCUGAUCACUUUGUUUUUAAAAUUCCAGGAAGUCACCAGAAACAAGCCAAGAAAGUUUAUGGGUUUAGUUUAUUACUUGAUGUAUUUUGUGCUAUACAUGGACCAAGAGAAAAAUGUGUUGAAAUUCUGCGGAGUGGUCACUUGUUAGCUAUCUCACCAGGUGGUGUUCGGGAAGCCCUGAUUAGCGAUGAGACCUACAACAUCGUGUGGGGUAAUCGUAAAGGCUUCGCUCAGGUUGCAAUUGAUGCAAAAGUGCCCAUUAUUCCUAUGUUUACACAAAAUAUUCGAGAAGGAUUUAGAUCCCUCGGAGGAACAAGGUUAUUUAGGUGGCUGUAUGAGAAGUUCCGCUAUCCGUUUGCCCCAAUGUAUGGAGGUUUUCCAGUGAAGUUACGCACCUAUUUAGGUGACCCCAUUCCAUACGAUCCAAAGAUCACGGCAGAAGAACUAGCUGAAAAGGGGAGCAGGGGAGAGAACGGAGCCCACUCACAGAGUUACCCCUGGGGGUCACAUGCGAUUGAGGACAUCCGUCAUUGAGAGCAGUGUCUGCCAUCUAGUAGGUGUUCCAUGACUGCUGGCUACUGCUGUUACUCUAGGAACUUGUGGCCCAGUGUGGCAGGUAAAUAACUAAAUCGAUGCUUUUAAGGCGAUGCGUUCGCACGAUGGUGUGCUUGCGGCGCGAUUUCUCAACCUGGGCACUAUUGGUAUUUUGUUGUGCGGUUGUUCUGUGCACCAUAGGGUGUUUACUCACCAGAUGCUGGCAGCAUCUCAUCGCUAUCCCUCACUCACUGUGACAAUAAAAAAACAUCUCUAGACGUUGCCAUUAUCCCCUGGGAGACAAGAUCUCCCCUGGUUGAGACCUGCUGUUUUAGGGUAUUAUGGAAACACAAAGGAAAGACAUCUAAAUUAAACCAGGGAUGCCUCCUUGAAGGAAGUGAUGCUUGAAUUCAGUUUUGAAAGGCGAAAAGGGAUUCGCUGGGUGAAGAGUAGAGAGGUAGAGGAAACAGCGUAUGAAAGGAUGGCAGCACGAACUGGCGUAAAGUCUUCAGGGAGUUGAGGGUGGUCUGGGGUAGCUAAAGGGAUAGAGAGUAUAGACAAUGAGGCUGGAAACAUAGGAGUGUCUGGACCACGAAGGCACAUCCUUGAUUUUGUUUCUUGAAAGCCAGGGGUAGCUGCUGAAAGCAGAUGACUGAUGUAGUAGGUUUGCUUUUAGAAGGAUCACUAGAAGCAGUAGGGAGGCCAAGUUUGAGUGAAACCAGGAGAAGCUCAAAAGGGAAGGAGACUGCUUUGUGAGGCAAAAAAUAGGAAACGCUUCCUAGAAUUGAGGGCAUUUGUGGUAGGUCUUGAAAGACGGACGGAACUUGGACAUGCGGACUUGGGGCAGGAGGGAAGAGUUCCAACAGAGGAACAGUGGUAGGAAAGUUGACUGCACACACCAACAGUGUAGAGCAGCCCGAUAGGACUAGGAGAGUGAGGUUGGGAAGGGUGCCUAAUAAAUUCGCCUUCAGGAAUUUCGCAAAGCAUGUGAACAUCGUGAAGGUUCUAAGAAGCCCCGCAAUAAAGAGGUCUAUUUAACUUUGUUUCAGAGAGCUUUGCCCAGUCUCAUCUGACCAAAGCCAGCUCCUGGUUUUUCCUGGAAUAGCAGCUAAUAACAGCUCUGGAAUAAACUGGGGGACUCACUAGCUGAGUGGGUAGCGAGCAUUUGGUUGAGAUGAAACUGGAAAAGUAAGUGGGAACUCUAUUUUUCGGCCCGUGAAUAGCAGAUUUUGUUUAGGAGAGGCCAUUGGAAGUAGCCGUUCACCCGCAGUGACACUGGCCGAGGCAGGCACACAGCCACACUGGGCGUUAACGGGGCAGGACUGGAUCCUUUCCACAGGGAUGGCCCAGAAGAGGCCGAGCAGACGAGCAACCGUAAUGCCCAGGGCUCAGCAAGGUCUGGCACUUAGGAAAGGAUGCCCAGCUGAGGCAGCUAGAAUGUCACAUCAGAUGAGCUUGACAAAGGUAACAUUAAUGAUACAUUAUGUUCCUUGUCUGUGAGCUUCAUUCUGAGAAAAUGUACCUCCUGCUAGGUAUUCUACUAACUGGUUAAGUGAGUUCACUCAGAGCGUGUAGCAAUCCUUUUCCUGAAAGGAAACCCCUCCAACACUGGUUUCCCGGUCCGGGCAGGCUCUGUGCACAGCACUUCUCCCAUCCCCAGGUGAUGCCUCACGGUGGUGACUUUAGAUGACACCAGGGCUCAGCCCUCAGCCUGUCAUGUUGCUUCUGCCCACACACUUUAUUGUUCCUGUACCACAUCUCCGCAGCUCCCUGACAAAUGCAUUCUCCUUUAGCAGAGCUGAACUCUGUUUUGUUCUUUAAAAAGGUUUUUCCCACCUAACUAUUAGGAUUUAAUUGGGUCAGAGCAAGUUAGGAACACUUUUUUACAAAUACCGUCCAUUUUUAUGGUUAAGAUACAAGGUAGUGGAGAGAGAGGGAAGAGAAACUGGCCUGGAAGUUUAGGGAUCUGAGUCCUAACCCUAACUCUCCCACCAGGCAGCAGAGUCAGGUUGGGUAAAUGGUAUGUUCCUCCCUGAGUCUCAGAGUCCUCAACUGUAGAAUGGGGAGAUUAAAACAGAUAUCUCAGAGGUUUCGUCCAGGUCUAAAAUUAAGUGAAUCCUGUUCCCUUAUUUUUCUCAGUUAAGGAGAAUAUAUAUAUAUUCCCGGGACUUGAUUUUUCAUGAGUGAGAAAUAUAUUCAUGGCACUGGUAGAGUUAGAUAUUUUAGAUGUUAAAAUAUAUAUUUAUAUAUUUACCAAUUCAAACUGGUAAAAAGAAGAGGCCUUCCUGAAUCAUUGAAAUACCUCAGUUACUGUCUCCAGUUACUUUAUGUACUUUAUUAUCAGUAUUUAAAGUAACAGAAGUUGUCUACGAAAGCAUAGUUUAGUAAAAUUUCUUGAGGGAAUUUCCUUAAAUAUAUAGUUGCCAUAUCCAUAUUUCUGACGGUAAGUUGUCAUUGCUGAACUAAAGUAAACUUGAAAUAAAGAAUACUUGAAAUUUUCCUUUUGUGGAUACAUUGCCUGAAUUUCCAAUCUCCAUUGUUUACAAUAUAAGCAUAAACUGUAGCAUAAUGAUCCCUGGAUUAUCGCAAAUUCAAAAUUACUAACAUCUAGAUUAAUGUAGAAAUGAAACCUCAUUUAAGAAAUGGGAGCUAGACUGUUCAGACAUUCGACUGUGGAGAAGAUUCAUUUUGUAGACGCUAAAUCUAAAUUAAGAUACACUGUGCUCAUGCUGCAGCGGGCACUUGGGAUACGGCCUUAAAGCUCUCUCAGUCUCAAAGAGAUCUGUUCUGUUUCCAUCUGUCUCUUUGCCUCUCUCUCUGCAUUCUGCAUACACACAUCCACACAUACGUUAAGUACAGAUUUAUUUAUAUGUACAGGUAUAUAUAAUAUACAUGUCCUAUUAAGGUGGAAGGAAGGUGGGGAGAAGUGGGUAGAUUUGAGUGGUACCGGGAGGUGAGCUAACGGAUGCCACCUAUGGAUUCUUAUUCUCGAUGAAUGAGAAGCAGGAAUUGUUAAGGAUGAUUCCCAGGUUUGGGUUACUGGGCUGGAUUCAUGGCCAUUUGCUGAAGCAUGUUGAGUUUGAGGUGCCUUUAAAACAUUCAAGGGAAGUCAUAUUGAACAUUCCUAUCCGAGGCUGGGCGGCUGGAGAUAUAAAUCUGGGAGUCGGCAGCAAAUGGAUGGUAAUUUACGCUGUGGAAAGCUUACUGAGCCUUGGAGGAAUAGUCAGUGCUUGAUUUGGGGAGUGUAAAUCUGCAAAAGGCGGUUGAAAGGGAGCGUCCUGAAAACCUAGCUUUUCCUCCAGGGGUGUGAGUUCCAGAAGCAGGAUCAAUGGUCACGUCAGAUGAAAAGAAUGUCCGUAGGAUUUAGUGACACAAGGGGGUCAUUAGUGAUCUUUGCGAGAGCUGUAUUUUCUUAAUGCACAGACCUCAUAUUUCUCCACCCAGGAGUUCUUCCUUGAUACAUCAAGUCAUACCAAACAAAGUCUCUACUUUUUCACUUGGUAUUUAACUCCCUUCGUGAUUUAAUUGAAACCUACCUGUAAAGCCUUAUAGUGCCCAGCAAAUGAACACAUACCUGAAAUGCCAGCUCUCCGUGUCGCUUAACUGUUUUCUUGUGGUCUUUUCGCUCUUGCUGCUUUCUUCACUGCUAUUGAAAUCUCACAGGCCGGGGGAGACCCAGACCAAACAGUACCCCGUCCACGGAAACUUCCCUGGCCACCGGCCACCGAUGAACUUCAGAUGUGUUCUUUUCACAUCUCAGAUGAUACAGCUCACAAAUGAGCCUACAUUCUAACUACUUUGUCCUUGAUUAUGCUUCUUAUGAGCUCCUUGAGAUUAGAGACUUGUUUCACUAACGUUAUAGCUUCCGAAGCAUCUAGUAUUUUCUGAGUGAGUGAAUAGAAUUCGAAAAAUAUAUGGCACAGAGCACAACCUGUGUGUCAGUCGCUGUGCUCAGUGCCUGAAGACAUGGCUUCAGUUUCACGUAAUCCUUAUCGUAAGUGUAUGAAAUUGUUCUCACCUCACAGAUGUGAAAACUUGUGCAUUAGAGAGGCAUAUUUUUAAAAUACAUCUUUGGGCCAGGGUUUCUUAAUUAUAUUUAAAAAUAAAUGAAGGUCCAAGAUUUGUAAAAAGAAGGCUUACUAAAGGUUAGCAUCUGAAAAGAAGUGUGUACGGGUGUGCCUACCUGUACUAUGUGCACGCAGAAAAAGCUUUUUUAGAGAGCCACAAACUGAUUUAAAGUAAAAAUUGUUAUUGUAAAUCAACUAUACUUCAAUAAAAUAAAUUAAAAACAAUAAAUUAAAAAUUGUUGAAAUUUGUCAUGAAUUUAAUGGGAACGAAUAGUUUUAGAAGAUUUCUUGAUAUAUCCUAAUUGACUUUUCCAUUGCUAUGACUUAAUUUAAAUUCCUAUUAAAUUAUCUAGAAAUUGGGGUAAAGAACUAAAGCAUAUCUGCUCGUUCGUAGUUUUCCUCACUUUUUCCUGUCGCGUUGCCUGAUGCGAUUGGUGUGUAUGGUCAUGAAAGACAAAUACAUAAAAAUUUAUUAAUGGGUGAAAAGGAGUGAAAAAUUCCAUUUGCCUACCAGAAAAUUUCCUACUACAUUUUUCUUCUGAUUUUUUUCCCUUCAGUUCUUUUUAGUGUUUAUUAUGUGCAAGGCAUUGCUGUGCUCAGUGCUGGAGAAAUGCUAAGAUGUAUUUUAAGGAGCUUACAACCUGGUGUAGAAAGUUGCCAUGCAGACAGUAUCUGUAAUUCAAGUGUAAUAAAGUAAGUAUAAGAAAUAUGCUAUGCACAGGGAAGAACCACUGCAUCAAUGAAAGUUCAAGAACCUUCUGUACUAAACACAGUUUGCAACGUUCUGCUACUUUUUUGUAUGUUUAGAAUGCUGAAAGGGUUUUGAAGUUAAAUAAACAGUAUUACAUUAAAAAAAAAAGAAAUAUGCUAUGGGCAUGCUGAGAAGGAGAUCAUUUAUUCUGAGUAGCGAUGGGUGCUAAGUUAGGGAAGACUUCUCAUAAGUAAUAGUAUAUUAAAAUCCUUACUAACUACAUAUCUACAUUGAGAACUAAAAGAAUAACGGCCUUUCUUUUGUUU